AUUGUCACUACAGCUCUCUGCCUUCACACACACACACAAGGGUAUUAGUGCCGCUCAGCAGCCUAAACCUCCAGACGCCGCUGCCUUGCCCCCCCUUGAGCCCUCUUUGCAGACAAAAAGCUGCCCUACCCCACCAGGUCUGAGCAGGCGCUUCAACUCAGCACUCGUCUGUUUCAUCCAUCAGUGAAGACAGCUCUUCAAGUUAGCAGGUGACCUGUCCCCUCCCCGGCGUCCCAGCAGGCAGGCAUGGCAGACGGUCGGCAGCCAGACGAGCACUGGUCUACAAAUGGCCAGGAAAAUGGCGAGAAUGGCUACUCCGCCUACAGCUCUGCCUACAGGGAGAAUGGAUACCACGGUGGGGCAGCUGCACAUCCUGGAACGACAGUGGAUGACUCAGCCAAUUUGCCUCCCUCCCCUCCCCCCUCUCCAUCCGCUGAGCAGAUUGGGCCCGUGGCACAAGCCCAGCCAGAAGAAUGUAUCAGUGAGGCAUCUUGUCAGUCUGCUGUGAAAGAAGAUGAACCUCAAGUGGCAUCACUACCCGAGAAGCAGUUGGCAGUUGAAAGAGCAAAACCUGAAGGUGCAGAACUCGCCUCGAUUGAACCUCCUUCUCAUUCUGUGAAAGAGAAAAAGCCCUCCGACACAUCUUCAAUUGAGCAGAGUAACCAAGACAGAGAGGAGGCAGCAGAAGAGGUUGCCGAGAGACACCUGCUUGUGGAGUCCAAAGAAAAAGAAGCAGAAAAGCCUCAAAGGACAGAGGAGUUGUCAAGUCUUGAGGAUGAAGACAAACAAGAGGUUACCUUACAGAGGAAAUCAGGAGUCCCUAUAAAUGAAAGCAAGGAAAAACAAGACACGGAUGAGGGGAUGAAUAAGGAAGGCCAAGAGAGUGGCAGUGACAUUAGAUUGCAUGAGACGCCAGUAACUGACAUUCAGAAAGUGGACCAAAGGCAAGAAGCAGUCAAGUCAAGUCCAGAACGUGGCACAGAGUUGAAAGCCACAGCAGAUAUUUUUGUAGACCAAGAGUCAGGAGCAAAAACCUACUUUGAGACAUCCUCUAAAAGCCCUGAAGAGGAGUCCUCACAAACCCAGAGCUAUUAUGAACUCAGCACAGCAACAGAGAAAAAGUUAAGUGAGGAAUCAAAAAGCCUUGUGCAGAAGCUCGAGGAACAACAGGAGAGAAAAGACAAAAUAUCUCCUGGGAAGAUGUCACUAGACCAAAGAAGCCUCUCCCUUAACAUUACUGUUGGAUCUUUGGCAGGACAGACCGUGAAGGGAGAGAAGUCAAGGACAUUGUGUCCAAUUAGUGGAAGCUUUGAUGAACCUGAGGGUUACCCUUUAACACCAGCUGUAGAGAGCCAACACCACUUUCCUCCAGCUGUCUCCAUUACCCCAACUACCACCGAAUCACCUGAAGAUACCCCCAUCAAGGCAGACACACCUUUUCCUACUGACAAGCACAAACGUUUUGAACAUUCAGGUAGUAUCUCUGAAAUGUUGGACCUGGCUGGAGACCUACCUCGGCCUUCAUUAGAGAGGAGGGAGGUUGAUCACAUGAGGCGAAAGUCUGUGCCCACCAAUGUGUCAGCUCUGGUGGGGAGUUCUUUGGCCAAGCUUGCCUUAGAAGAUCAAACCUCAAGAGUAGUGGGAGGGGAAAGCCAACUGGAGGAACUGGGCUACUGUGUCUUCAAUGAGUACUCAGGGCCCAUGCCUUCUCCUGCUGAUGUACCCAGUCCUGGGGACUCUCCGCACCAGCGUUUCCCUUCUAUGGAGAGUGAAGCUGAAGAGGAGCUUGGGGCCUCGGAAGGUGAAGGUGAUCAAAAAGGUACGCAACAAGAUCAUAAGGGAAUCAUCCCGGAGAUAUCUCAAAAACCAGUGUUUGAAAAGAAAGAUUCACCAGUCAAGAGUUCCUUGAUUCUUGAAAAAGCUGUGACGAGUGGAAUAAAACCUGAUCGCCUAAGAAUUCCGAUGACUUCUUCAAAAGAUAGACUGAGUGAGUUUCGUUUGGAGACAGGUCUCCCUGGUGACUUAAAGAUCCAAGCCAUCCCCGAGGUAGAGGUUGAAAAAGACCCCUCAAGAGAGGCGUCUCCCAUCCCACCAGACAGUUCCUUUACUUUUAGUCCUGUGGAAACUGGAAGCAAGGUACCCCCAACCCCCACCACCCCCAAGUCCCCAAAUGAUACACCCUCAGAAACCAAAGUCACUGGAGAGAAGGCAGGAAAAGAUGUCCUGUCGGAGGUUGAAGCAGAGAACGAUCAAGAGUCUGAAAGGAUUGAAAAUAAACCAGCAGAGGUGGAUGAAGGAACGCAAAAAUCUAAGCAGGAGGAAUCAGAAGAAAGGAGGGAAGAACCAGAAAUAGCAAACACAAACAUACCUUCCGCAUCAUUGCCGUCAUUAGGAGAGACCACAGAAACAGAUGAAACUAAGAUUCAAAGUGAGCCACCUACAAGAUCAGAAACACUAGAAAAGCAAGAGACCUCAAAAGCUGUUGAGGCUUUAAGCACCGAAAAGCCCUCAGAUGUGAAAGAUGCCAAAGUCCAGUUACAGUUACAGGAGGUGACUCUGGAUAAAGUCGCACCAAAGCCACAAAUAUCUUCCCCGAUCAUCAUUAUACCUCAAGCACAAGUAGACGAAGAAGCAGAUGAAGAGGAUGAUAUUGAGAUUGCCGAAGAGCCUCAGGAGGUUAUGGAGGAAGCUGAAGUGCCUGUGCUCCCCAAGACUGAUCAAGCAGAGGAGAGUCUAAUCAAAGUGAGGCUGACGGUAGGCGAUCAUAGUGUGGACGAAGAUUCCAAGUCUGGAGCAGAAGAAUGGAGUCACAGCGCACAAAACAGCGAUGACGGGGAGCCUGCAACGGACAGUUCGCAUUUGUCUCCAUGCUCUGAUCAUGAUCUACCACUGCAACCGGAUGAAGGUAGUACGAAUGAGAGGAUGGAAGAGGAUAAAGUAGAAGAAGAUACGCAAAUGAGUAGGGAUGAAGAGAUGAAAGAGGAGGGCAAAGUGGUAAAGAGAGACUCAAAAGGGGAGGAACAGGUGGAGGAAUCUGGUUUGGAUAGGGUAGGCAAGCAAAAAGAGAAGAAAACUUUGGAGGAUGAGGGGGAAGAGAGGAUGGGUGAAGAGGAGGUGGAGGAGAAGGACAUCGAGAUUGGUCAGGAGGUGGAAGAGACCUCUGAGGUGCUCUGCCAGACCGGUCAGGCAGCUAAUGAUGAAACCACCAUGGACGCCUCUAUCCUAGAUACAGACAGUGGCUGGAUGGAUUCACAAGAUGAUGACAAAAGUAUCAUGACUGAGAAAAUCGAAGCCCUUCCUCAGGUCCAGAGUCCUACCAGUACACCUGUGGUGGACAGACCCGCUAAACGGGCCCCUGGCAGAGGAAGGGGCCACCCUGGCUCCACUGAGAGUAAAGUGUCCCGCAAAGUGCCCAGCCACCAUCCACCAAGAGAGGAGAUGAAGAAGAAAAAAGCUGUGAGGAGGGCUGACCAGAAUAAGGUGUCAGCCCUCCAAAGUCGUUCUCCGUCUCGAAAGAGUGUAGCCAAAGCGGCAGCCAGACAUCCUAGGCCCGCUCUGCUUCACGGCUCUGCUAGACGCAAGGCCACAGGUAUGGAAAGCCACCAGCCUCUCAGUGUGGCCCAUCAGUCCAGGGAGAGGACCACUGAGAGAGCAUACCGCAGCCCAGAGAAGAGGUCGUCUCUGCCCAGGCCGGCCAAAUCUCUGACACGCCACAUUCCUGCUGCUGAACAAGAAGACAGCACCCCCUCCAGGCCAACCUCGAUCCAGUCCAGAGCGGACAGCAGGUCUGGAAGAGCCCCUGGUAUGGCAGGCACAGAGUCUGCACGUUCUCGAUCAGUCCGUAGCGGCGCCUCCACUCCUGGCUCCUCUGCCGUCACGCCCGGCACACCCCCAAGCUACUCCUGCCGCACCCCUGGCUCUCGCACCCCCGGCAGCCACACGCCCAAGUCCUUCAGCGUCCUCCAGGAGAAGAAGGUGGCGGUGAUCCGAACCCCGCCCAAGUCGCCAUCCUCCGCCCAGCGGCAGCUGAAGGUUCUCAACCAGCCCCUGCCUGACCUGAAGAAUGUAAAGUCCAAGAUUGGGUCCACCUCCAACCUCAAGCACCAGCCGAAAGGCGGACAGGUCAUGAUUCCAAGUGUUAAACUGGACUUUAGCCAUGUUCAGGCUAAAUGUGGCUCCCUGGACAAAAUCCAGCACGCAGCAGGCGGGGGGAACGUCCAAAUCCAGACCAAGAAGAUCGACUUGAGCCACAUCACCUCCAAAUGUGGCUCCAUGUCCAAUAUCCACCACAGACCAGGAGGAGGUCAUGUGCGCAUUGAAAAUGUGAAGCUGGACUUUAAAGACAAGGCCCACGCCAAGGUCGGCUCCCUGGGCAACACCAGCCAUGUUCCUGGAGGCGGGAAUGUUAUGAUUGAGAGCCACAAGCUGACCUUCCGGGAAACAGCCAAAGCUCGAGUGGAUCACGGCGCAGAAAUCAUCGUCACCCACUCCCCUGGCGUCGAGACGGGAGGCACUUCCCCUCGCCUGUCCUCCUCCGGCAGCAUCAAUAUGAUGGAGUCACCCCAGCUCUCCACGCUGGCCCAGGAUGUCACCGCUGCCCUCGCCAAACAGGGCUUAUGAGCGGGCUGCCUCUCCUUCGGAUAGCCUCCAAAAAAUCCACACCAUCACUCCUUUUCCCAUCAAUUUCACUCAUAAGCAUCCAGUGUUCUCCCGAGGUCCUUCACUGCAACACGACCCCCGUGACCCCAAAGGUUCUACAGUUACAGUUGAUAGACUGUCUCGUCCAUCAACGACCCUUCUGGCCCUCUCUGUGGGAUUAUAAAAACUGAAUUCUAAGAUUAUGCUUCAUUCACACCUUUAAAAGGAACAUGCCCAGUCACUUUUUAUUUCUCAUUUUUGUUCACUCAAACAUGGACUUUUCUGUUUUGUUUUAGAUAGGCUGUACAUUAAGGUUUUGAAUGGAUGUUCGUCUAAGAAGGCAUUGACGGUUUUAAGAUUGUACAGUGAUUUUUUUUUUUAGCGUGAAAAGCAUCACAUUCCACGUGUUUGGAGAUAAACGGUAUGGUGCAUAAUGUUCAUUCGGAAUUUAUACGAUACUGAAUGCAAGAAAUAGCUACUAGAUACUAGACGCUAGUCUUAAAGAUACAACAGCAAGAGACUUAAGUUACAGAAAAGUGGCGCGUAACUGUACCUGCAAAAGAAUGGCUGAUGAGCAUGUCUGCUAAAAUGUGACAUGACGGGAAUUUUCGUUUGUCGGUUUUAAUCUUAUGGUUUCCUGAUAUGUGCUGAAUUGUUGGAAAAAAUUGUGUUCUCCUGUUUCUUUUUAUAUAUGUCACUGUAGUGGAAGUUGUUACAGUUUUGUAUGUUCCCUGUGGCUGCACUGGCUUAUUAGCACUUCCAUGUGGAUAACCACUGCAGUUAUGUCGAGUCAAGCGCUAAAAGGCUAGCUUUCCAAUAGAUUUUUGUUUUCUUUUUCGCAAACCAAUGGGCUGCUCUUUUUGUUUGGUUUUACAUUAGCUCUGUGAUUUUAUUAGGCUACAACAACGCUGUUAUGCUGGCAUGGCAAAUAAAUGAUAAAUAAAUUAGAUCUAUUUGGAGCGAACUUAAACUUUUCAGUGUGAGUGUAAAUGGCCAGGAUGCAUUCUAGUGUUCAAGGUCAGAUCCCUAAACCGGCCCCUCAUGCUCGUGUGAUCUUUCUCCUUUUACAGAGACUGGGUUGUACAUUGUAUUUGAAAGGGGCGAUGGGCCCAAUGUUUGUUUAAAAAGUGGCAAGUAUGAAGCUUUAUAUGAAAACAUUCCAUAAAAAGAGCAGCUACCUGGCCAUUUUGUGCGGUUGAACCGGUAACUUUACAGGAAAUGAAAGCAGAAACGAAGAAGACAAGAAGAAUGGGAGUAACCCUCAACUUGCAGCUGUUAGAAUUCAUUUUAAAAAAAAAAAGAGUAAAAAACAAAACUGUUCUAGCAUAUUCUCUGCUCACCAUUGUGAAAUUCCUCUGCCCCCUUUUUCCUCCUCCCCCAGGUGUCAGUUGCCCCUCCAGUGUUUUUCUGUGCUUCCUAUAUCCGCGCCUCCCUCCUCCCCCGGCCCCUCUUUGCCUGUGUAAGUGUAUUUAAAAGACCAUGUAGAUGUGUGCACACUUUCCGAUGUUUGAGACGUACUGAUGACAAAUGCUCCUACAGGAUGAUGACAACAGAAAUAAAGAAAAUAAAAACA